CAAUUUCCUUUAAAUGAAUAUUAUUAGUGUUUCUGUUCUGUACAUCAAAAGUUUUAUGAAGAUUUUUAAUAUGGACUUACAAUUGGAAGAAUCUGACUUGAAAGUUGUGCCAUUACACCAUUUUCCGGAAUAUACAUUGCAAUGCUGUCGUUUAUUAAACAAUGAAUGGAAAAGGAGCGAUGCAGCACGGCUACACAGUUUAAAAAGUUCUUCUGAUUCUUUGCCAACUUCUUUAAUACUUUUAAUAAACAAGGAACUUAUUGGUCAUUGUAAGCUAUCACCAAUACCAUCCAUAAAACAUGCAUGUUUCAUCGAAUCUGUUGUUAUUGAUAGGAAAUUACGUGGUAAAGGAUAUGGUUCGUUUCUUAUGAGAGAAGCAGAGAAACAUUGUAAGAAUAAUUUAAAUUUGAAGACAAUUUAUUUAUCUACAACAGAUCGUAUAUCUUUUUAUUUUAAAUUAGGAUAUAGUCAAUGCGAACCUGUUAGCAUUUAUGGUGGUCCGUUAAAUAAUAAAAUUUCAAAUUUUAAUUCAAAUAAUUCUGUUUUAACAAAUAAUUCAAUGAUAAGAAAAGCGAAUAAUAAUUCGUCUCAACCGACUCCUCCGGUACCUCCACCUCCUCCGCCACUAAAUUAUGGUAAUCCACUACUAAAGUUUCAAAAGAAAAAGAUAUAUAUGAAACGCGAUGUAUAAAAUUUUCAU